CCCCCGUUUAGCCGCUUUUCCCGGCAAUAUAACUUGGUUGUUUCUAUUUUGAGCCCGUUUCAUUACGAUCAACUACCUACCGUGCCCUCACACAUUGCGCCCUCCUUACAGGACACGGGGUCCGAUCGGAGCCCAGGUCCCUCCAUUCGCGGACCCACGGGGCAUUCCUCGCGUCCUACAGGCAGCCGAUCAUGUAUUAAAGAGAGAGAUCCGAGCCAUGAUCUUUUCCCACGACUCGAAGAGUGGAUCUGUAAGUUAUUGCUCGCACAGAUGUCCAACAAAAUGGAGGCGACGGAGACCCCUCUCGAGGAGAAGAAGGAUGCCUAUGAGAUUUCACCGGCUCCCGUUCUAGUCGACGACAGGCCUGUAUUCACCACAGGGGACGAGGUCGGAGCAGCCAUUGUCGAGCAACAGCAUGUUAUUCCCAGCACUGGCCAGCGCAAGCCUACUUCCAAAUUGGAGUACAUCCUCUUUAACAUAUUCUACUUCUCCAACAACGGAGCUCCUAUCGGCGGAAAUGGUGGUGCUUUGCGUCAGGCUCUGCUCAAUUUACAAUUCCCGAACAAUUACGUGCCCUGGGGAGGCCAAUACCAGCCAAUGAACUCUAUGCUGCUCGAUGUUACUGGAAUCUUGUUCGCCGUUCAGCUGGUCGUUCUCAUGACCCUUGGCCCGUACGCAGAUUACGGAAAUUGGCGACCCUGGAUCAUGAUCUUCUUUCAGCUGGUCUUGGAGGCUUGCCAGUUUGCCAUGUGUGGUUUGAGCAAGCCAGGCCAAUGGCAAGUUGCUCAAGCUCUUUACGUGUUGGGUUCUAUCUCGGCCAACGUGGUUGGAGCAUUCUACGCCGCUACCUAUCCUGGUAUCGUUCGAGACUUGCCUUCCCUCAUAAAGUCGGAGGAGGAAGUUCGAGCUGGCACGAAGACACCUGAGGAGCAUGCCAAGCUUGACAUGUACGAACGGGCCCAGCUUUACAACCUUGUCAACAUCACUGGGUCGGCGCUUGUCGUUCUGUUCUAUGCCAUCGCUAUUGGAAUCGCAGCCAAGAUUGGAUACGAUUCUCCUCAGACUCUCAUCAAAUCUUACAGGAUCCUGAUGGGCUAUUUCGGAGUGGUGACGGUGCUCUGUACCACGCCUUUCUUCCUGGUGCAAAAGCAUCGACCAGGACAGCAGCUCCCGAAGGGAACCUCCAUGUGGAGUGCUGGACCCAAGCAGGUGUGGUCUGCAGCCAAGAGCGCUCGUCACCUCAAGCAGUGUCUGAUGUAUCUUGCCGCAUACCUGUUGGUAUCUGAGACCUUCGGAACCUACUUCAAUGUCACUGGUAUCCUGCAGAAUGAAAUCAUCAACUACUCUCCCACCAUGCUCAACGUCUUCUCCCUGUGUUCCGACUUGGGAGGUGGUUCUGGCACAGUAUUCAUGUGGUACCUCCAGAAGCGAUACCGCUUCUCGAUCAAGAAAGCAGUCCUUUAUGGAGCUUGCAUGACUCUUGUGCCAAGUCUAUGGGGUGGAAUCGGUUGCUUCACCAACAAGAUCGGAUUCAAGCAUGUUUGGGAAUUCUGGGUUGCCAGUUUCUGGAAUUUCCAGACCGCCGCAUGGGGUGCCUACUCGACGUCCAUGAUCUCAGAAGUAGUUCCAGCACCCAAAGCUUUCAUGUUCUUCUCCUUGUUCAACCUCGUUUCACAGACCUCGGGCUUCAUUGGACCGUUUGUUUCGGCAGCGAUCAUCAAAGCGGCUCAUGGUAACAACAAUGUCGCUUAUUGGUUCCUGCUUGGUAUGGGAGUCAUCGGAUGUGUCUGCAUCUAUCUGGUAGACACUGAAAAAGGCAAGAUUGAUGUGGCCCGAUAUCUCGAGCGAGAGGCUCAGGAGCUCUAUGACGAGGAACAACGUACGCACGCGGCCAACAUUGAGGAAAAGGCUGGUGUUGUUGGUCAUCUUGAGACGGUUUGAUAAAGAUGAGUUGUCGGAGAUUAUGCAUGGGACAGGUUUCUCGAGACGUCUGACGCUAUGUAACAUUGAGCGUCCUG